GUGGACGCUAAUUUAAAGACUUCCAUAAGUUUUUAUUGGAUUUAUGAUUAAUUCUUUUAUUUGAAACGAGCUAAGUUAUUUCGAAGUAUUUAAGUAGUGUAAAUACCUGGACCUUGUGUCAUAUAGAGUUGGUAUUACUGUAGAGUUGGUACUACGUCGUUGGAUUUGAUUUCAAAACAAAAAAGAAAAAGAAAUAUUUACCUUACGUUUCUUUGAAGAAUUUAGAGAGGAUGUACCGUUUGACAGUUAUGUGUUUCGCGCUUUUGGUCGCCACUGCAGCGGCGACAAAAGUAUCUCAGUGCAAAAAUGGUGAGCCAUUUCCGCUAAGCGUUGAAAUCGAGAACUGUGAAGAUUCCCCAUGUGAUGUGAACAAAGGCUCUACAGUGGUGAUGAAGGUGCAAUUCUUGGGCAAUCGCGAUAAUAUCAAAUCAAUUACUGGUGUGGUGCAUGCCACCACUUUGGGGCUGACAGUGCCCUAUCCAUUGCCCGCUGAUGUUGCCGAUGUGUGCAGUAAUUUGUUGUACGAUGCCAUGUGUCCCAUCUAUGAAACCGAGGAUGUUGUCUAUAACUUCAACUUCUACGUUGACGCCAGCUAUCCAGAGAUCACUGCAAAAGUACAAUUGAAUUUGGUGGAAGAAAACAAUGACUCCGUUGCUUGCUUUAUCGUCGAUAUUAAAGUACGCAAGGCAAUCAAUUGAGGAUUGAAUUUGGUGUGUAAUUCUAUUGUAGUAAAUAAUGAAUAUUGAUAUUCUUUAAAUGUAGUAAUAAAAUAAAAAAUAUGACUUAUUUUAUGGAGA